GAGGUAUAUCCGAACCACAUUCAAGAGAACAUUAAAUGGACAGAUGUCAAAUUAGACUGCGCACCCGCGACAUUACUCUAACCGUCUCUGGCGCGUGUUCUAUAUAUGACAACUGCGGUCAGAUCAGACCCACAAUUUGUGCGUCCCGGUCCGCCAUCCCUGUCCUCAUGGACGGUCAUUACAGUCUGUUGGCGCGGCCAGACCCGCGACCCCGUAAUUUCCCCUCUUGGUCCUCCGAGCUGCUCGACGCUCGUCUUUCCACAUUUUGCGAGACGUUCAUGUUUCUGUCUCUGCAUCUUCUCGUCUUCGCCCGUGAAUUCAGAUAGCUACCACCCGAAAUCCGCUCAAACCCUCAACCAGACGUUGCAAAGCGCAACAUUCUUGCAGUAAGACACCUCAAUCCCCUAUUUACUUCCUUCAUCCCAUCAAGAGAGCUGCUGGCGGUCGACAGCUGCGGCAACCGCUUGCGGGCGCCGCCAUCUUGGCCCGGCGCGGACCCUCUGCCGGUGACCCAGCGGCGGCGGCGGCGGCGGCGGCGGCCGGCUCCAGUCGGUGUCGGGCGGCCGCGAAGUCGGGACGGCUGUGUUCCUCGCGAGCGGAAGGCUCAUGCAGACGCGGUAGGGAGGCGUCGUGUUCAGACUGUGCUCCUGCUGCCGCUCUUGGCGGGGUGUCAGGACGACUGACAGCUGAGUUCGACCGCUGGUGAUCAGGUGUAUCCUGUACUAUCGUCUACAAAAUGGCCUCCGCUUCAACUCGACACGUCGUUCUUCUGUCCCUGGCAAUAGGGUUGUGUGCCGCUCAGUACAACCCAGCUCCGGUCAGCCGGCCGGCCAACAUGCCAGAGAUAUCCAACCUAGAGGUCAUGUGCGGCAAAGAUCACAUGACCGUCCAGCUCGGCUUCGUCGGCCCAUUCCAGGGCCUGGUCUUCUCAAAGGGUCAGUUCAACAGUCCCAACUGUGUGUAUGUGAAGCCAUACACCGGUCUCGGGGCCUACACGUUCGACAUCUACUACAACAAGUGCGGCACCAAGCCCGACCUCAAUGGCAAGUUCUACGAGAAUACCAUCAUCGUCCAGUACGACAACGAACUCAUAGAGGUGUGGGAUGAGGCGAAACGUCUCCGCUGCGAGUGGUACAACGACUACGAGAAGACGGCCACCAAGCCGCCCGUGGUCAUCGCUGACCUCGAGGUCAUCGAGCUCAACUUCCGAGGAGACAAUGUUGACUGCUGGAUGGAGAUCCAGGAUGGCAAAGGACCCUGGGCCAGCCCUGUGACCGGCAUUGUGCCGCUAGGAUCCACACUGACCAUGGUUGUGGCUAUCAAUGAUCCAAACGCCGAGUUCGACAUGCGAGUGAAGGAGUGUGAGGCCUCUGACGGGAAGGGUCGUCCCAUCUACCUCUCUGACGAGAACGGCUGCGUGCUGCGCCCAAAGAUGAUCAGCAAGUUCAUGAAACUACGCAGCAACGACGGCCGAUCCACAGUCAUCACGUACGCCCACUUCCACGCCUUCAAGUUCCCCGACAGCAUGUACGUCCACCUCAAGUGCAAGGUCGAGAUCUGCCGCUACGGGUGCCCGGACCACUGCCAGAAGGCUGUGGCCGGAGGUUACGCUGCUCCUUCUGCAGUUUCUGCCCAGUACGCGGCCCCCGAGGCGCGUGGGUACGAGGAGGGUGGUCUGCCCGCCGCCUCUCAGUACUCUCCUGUGGUGUCAAACUCGCUGGACGAGGCGGCACCGAGUGCCGAGGAGCAGGCACCGGUGGUGGUGCAGGCUGAGCUGGCCGAAGAUUACGACUCACCGUCAGCGCCAGUCGCCGAGCAGCUCCAGCAGAGCGCUCCGGCCGCCGCCCAGGACUUGGAGAACUACUCCCCUCCUCCGCCGGCCGCCGACGAGCCGGUCUUGGCCGUACCGCAGCCAGCCGCGCGGCCAGGACCCAAGUUCCGCGCACCUCCGCGCCGCCGUCGGCCGCAGCAGCAGCGGAGACGUCCGGGACCGCGCCGGCCGCUCCACAAGCGUGUCGACCUGGCUCGUCCCGCCGGCAGCGGUCAGACGAUCCGCGCUAUCCCGCUGCCUCUGCCCCCUCGCGGAGGCGUCAACCGCCAGAACAUGCCGGAAGAGCUGCCGCAGCUGCCGGAACAUCUCCAGCCGGUGCUGUACGCUCCCAGCACCCAGGACGUCAUCGGCAAACCCGAGGCGAUCCCAGUGCCCUUCGAGACAGACGGACGUCAUGCCGCCUCAGGCGCCACCGGUGACGGAGAGCAGACCUCAGACGCCGGUCUGGGCGGCAUCGACCGCUCCGAGUUCCCCUGGGGACCACGGCAGCUCAAGAUCCGACGGAAACGCUUCGUCGUGGACGAGCCAGAGGCGAAGGCGACCGACAUCGGCGUCGGAUCGCUGCUCGAGGUUAUCUCUGAGAAUGACCUCCAGUUCGAGCCGACCUACGAGGACAACCAACGAGUGACCAUCUUCCAGGGUCAGAUCCGGGACGACAUUGUGUACGGCAUCUGUCUGCCGGCGGCCGGCUUCUCGGCGCUGUUUGUGCUGCUGGCUAUGUGCGCCGUUAUCUCGGUGCUGGUGGCUGGCUUCCUCUGCCAGCACCGACAGAUGCAGAAGGACUCGAACCGGCAGCCGGCGGCGGUGCCGCUCCGCGACUGGAGCAUGGUGCACUUCCUCCGGCAGCGCUUCCAUCCGGCGCAAUGAGUGGGUGUUGACGCUGACGUUCUAAAACGACACGUGCGCGGAGACGCUCGUGGACUUUAACCGCAGCGCCACCUACCCUCCUGCAGCUCUCGCUCCUGGCGGAGGAGGCUGAGAGGCCAGAGACGCUCACGCGCAGAGCGGUGGCGUACUAGCGGCCCGCGCAGGCCUCCUCUGCGGAAACUGUGGAUGUGGCUCUCUCGCAGCGUCUCUAACAAACGUGAUGAGCGUCCUGCGUAGAGACUAUGCCGAGACCACUGCAGCGUGGUUUGAAAUGCCACCUUGCCCGCCGCGUGAGAGACCAACGCCAGUGACGUGACAGACUGAAACAUUCUACAAGUGUUCGCAGCUAGAAAGCGAACAUCUAAGUGGAGGACAAAGUGGCCUGCUCACUCGCUGAUUGGCUAGGACAAGCCCACCCCGCUUGUUUUAGCCAAUCAGCGCCUAAAGGCUCGGGUAAUGUUGAACGUUCUGUGAACAUUGCUUCAGGAUGCCUUUGGGAAAGGGUAGUAGCCGCAAGGACUAAUCUAGGUUGAGUGACAUCGCAUGCAAGUGAACGAUUUGAGCAUAUGUGAUUCGUGUAGACUGUAGGCUUUGUGAGCUUUGAUCAUGUAAAAGCAUUGGAAAACCUGGAUGCGUUUCGAUAGCAAAUUACUAGGGUAAUAGUCUAUCUUCGGCUACUCGUAUUGCUCGUCAAAGUUGCAAUGCUUGCUAAAUUCCCAACGACUCAGAAGAAGAUAAUAUACUCAUCUUAGGUCUAUUUUGCGAUAUUUAUGAUUCAAUGUUAUUUAUUAUGUUAUUACGACAUUGUGUAUGUGUGAUUGUUAUAACGGUGGGCCCGGCGUGACUUGACGUGGAUAUGUAUUGUCCGUCCACGGUUGGCGUUCUGCCAAGAGACGAUUCGGGCGCCAUUUUGUUUUGGUGACGAGAACCCUGUGGCGUGACGCGCUCGAUGUGUGAAGGACUCUGAUAAUUUGCUCAAUUGUUUGCUUUACAUCCAAGCUGACAGAGCCUGGCAUACUGCGUGCUUCACCAAUCAGUAGGCAUUAUCUGGCGCACUAACUGAGCGAAACCUAGGAAAUGCCACAUUCUUGUCCCUUCGCUGUUACUCGUUGGACAUUUUGUUGUCUGUUAUUGUCAGGUUUUCUGCGCGAUUCGAUGUUUCUCCUGUUGUCUGUUCUUACUUAACUAUUUAUUGACGCGUAAUAAACAAUAACCUGGUGAA